UUCGUAUUUGAUCAGUGCAAACAAAAAACAAUGCGUUGGAACAAUUUUUUUCUCGCUGUGUGCCUACUUGCAGUUUUGCUCCUGACUGAGGCCCAAAAAUCUCGCUGCCCGUGUCCUAAAAUCUAUCAGCCUGUCUGUGGAUCCGACAACAUCACCUAUUCUCACUUAUGCUUACUCAUAUGUAAAGCCUCGCAUGAAAAUGUAAAUUAUGUCAAGAAAGGAAGAUGCUAGUACUCAAAAGUAUACUCUUUAAAUAUAUUAAGGAGUUAUAAAA